UUCACUCAUCUCAUAUCCUUUCCAUCUCCCUCAUUUAACUCUCUCGUUGUUUCUUCUCUUCAUUGCAUCCCUUGCCAUGGCUGACAAGUCUUUUCGCGCCAGAGGCUGCUGUUGCUGCCUCUUCAGCCUCCUCUGGAAGUUGCUAGUCGCCAUCAUCGUCAUCGUUGGCCUCGCCGUCCUCAUCUUCUGGCUCAUCGUCCAGCCUCGCUCCUUCAAGUUCUACGCUUCCGAAGCCCAGCUCACCCAAUUCGACUACGAUAAUAAUACUCUCCGAUACAACCUUGUCCUCAACUUCACCGCCCGUAACCCUAACAAAAAGCUUGGAAUCUACUACGACAAAGUUCAAGGCGUGGCGCUGUACCAGGAUGAAAGGUUUGGCAACACCGACGUCAUCACCUUCAGGAACUCCUUCCGCCAGGACAAGAAGACCACGGAUCCCAUGAGCGGCGUCUUCUCUGGCCAGCAGCUGCUGCCGCUGGAUGCGCUUCGAGUGUCUCAGUACAACGAAGACAAGCUGGCCGGCGCGUACGACAUUGAUGUGAAGCUCAACUUCAGGAUUAGAUUCAGGCUUGGGGAUUUCAUUACCGGCAGCUAUCGUCCGAAGGUCAAAUGUGGACUCAAGGUUCCCUUGAGCGCUAAUGAAACAACCUCCGGCGGAUUUCAGCCCACUAAAUGCAGAGUCGACUUUUGAGGGUCCGCUCCGCGCGCUCCUGCCAUUUCGAUCCUCUUCUUUGCUUUUGCAUCAUUUUGUUGAUUCAGUUUAUUUGUUCUUAUACAUCAUCCUUGUAUAAUUAUUUCAUUCUUUCAACGUGUAUGGAGAUGGAAUGCCAUACGUGCCUGUUUGCUUUAAUCAUUCUUACAGUUAAUAAUUCAUUUUAUAUUCAGCUUUA